AUGAUCGUGGUAUUGACUGCGAUUGUCUCAAUUGGCCUUCAGCUCCUUGGAUACAUCUGGAAAUGGGGGCAUGUUGACGAGCCUCAGAGCGGCACCCCCUCCGCCUAUUUGAUACCAUGUCGCGUAACGCAUAGUCGAGAGCACCCUAAGAAACAUGCCUUUUCUUAUUUCUACCUGGCCGUGGGGAUACUCAUCGGCUACAGAGGUAAUGUUAAUGGAAUGAUAUCUGUGGAUGACCCGGAUGUCUCUACAUCCUGGCUAUCCAAGAUUUGGCGGGCGAGAAGCUGGUUUCGCGUUUAUGCAGCUGAUUAUUUAGAGAGAGGAAAUAACAAGCUUGGACUUCGUGCCAAACUUGAUAAUUAUCUCAGAUCUCAGGAUGCGAAUCCGGCGGACUAUCCUCACGCUUUCCUUGUUACCGCACCAAAGUUUCUCGGAUAUCAAUUCAACCCUGUCUCAUUUUGGUACUUAUACUCUCCUGACUGGACCCUCUCUGCUGUUGUUGUGGAGAUGAAUAACAUCUUUGGCGAGAGACGGCCAUACCUGGUGUUGCGUGACACCACAGACGAUGCCACGCGGAUUACUUCAAAUGAGGGGUUUCAACUGACACCUGUCUGGGUAAAUGCUUCGUGGAAAAAGGAUUUCCACAUGUCUCCCUUCAAUUCUCGCAAAGGGUCUUAUUCCUUGCUGGCCAGAGAUCCUUUUGAAGGUAACAUGGAGGGCUUCAGCGGCAUCGACAUAUCUCUUAAUCUCGUCUCGUCCAAGGACCAGCCUAAACUGGAUGUUCGAUUAUAUUCCGAAGGCAAAGCACUUGGCACUUCACAUAUGGGACCAUUGGAACAGGCAAAAUUUGUUUUGACGUGGUUCUGGGUAGGAUUUCUGACAUUUCCUAGAAUGGUCAGACAAGCGGCAUCCUUGUUCUUUUACCAACAACUACACAUCUGGUACCGACCAGAGCCGUUAAAGGAUAGCAUCGGGAGGCUCGCAGACACUACCGAAGCGAAACUGGAACUAAUUUUCCGGCACUAUCUACGAUUUCUCGUCGAGCAAUCGACAAGCCCGCUGAGUGUGACUUAUGUUCCAAGUGGCCUUCUAGAGAGCAGCGAGGAAACGUUCACCUCCCCAGGAGCAGCGGUUCAUCCGGAACAAGCAGAGUGCUUGAAGAUCAAAAUACUUACACCAGUCUUCUACUCUCGAUUUGUUCAUUAUGCGCAUGAUUUUGAGGCUAUAUUCUGCGAACUUGCGGAAAGCUGCACCAUCUGGGUUGACCAGCCUGAAACGCUGCCCAAAAUCUUUCUAAAGAAACAAUCGCCGCCGUUACAUGUGCCAAGCUUUAUGGAUUAUCUGUAUUUCAAGACAAUUCAGCGGCUGCGACGUCGGCCGGCAAGGAUUACGCGCCCGAUGACUUCGGCAGGUUCAGUCAGACCCACGACGACUCCAGAGGACGUUCGAGGCUUUCGCAUAUCCCCCAUGGAUGCAUUCGUGCUGCAAUAUUCUAGCCAAGAAACACGGGCCUCAUAUCGAUCACUGCUUGCUCGAAUGUUUGUGGCCGACCGGGUUUUCUUUGGGAGACCCGCGAUUAUUGACGCUUUACUGCUAUCGGGCGUCUUUGGCGUCGCCUCGUGGUUGCUAUCCUUUGGGUCGGCAACAUCAUGCUGA